AUGCCCAUCUGCAUUGAAGGGUUCCUGUGUGUCUGCCUGGGCCAGACUUUUGGCGCCCCGGCCAACUGGAAUUCACCCUGUGGAUCCUCUCAUUCCUUCAUAUAUGAAGCGCUGAUAGAGGACGCGACGAGAUUCACAAGAGCCGCGACUAACCUUAAAACCAACUACACGAAUGGCGACCGUGUGAAAGUGAACGGAUGGAUGAUCCAGUCCCUCCAGUCCUCUGAUAUUCUUGGUCUCAAUCUACCUCAAAACAUCACAGAUAAAACGCCAGACUUUUCACGAGAUUAUGAGAACCUCUCCCGUGUGAAGAUAUACCUUGACCAAGUCUUAUUUGAUGAAAUCAAUUCUGACCGUGAAUACGACUUAUCGAUGAAAAAGAUGAUAGGAACAAUUGACAUCAUUUUAAAUGACAUACGUUUAGCCAUGAAGAUGGAUGUUAACUCGACCUCAGUUCCUUCCACUGCUAAAGACGUUCUGCCGGAGGUAAUGAAAUUACCAAUGGAGAGAGCUAACCGGUUCAUGCGCGAUUACGUCAUUUUUCAUCAAGCUGAAAAUUAUGGAAAGCUUUUAAACCAACAAUAUAGGAAACUUUGUGAAACCCAAAGAACUUGAUAUGGAUGUUUUAAUAAUUGAAUGACACUCUCAGAAAGAAAUCAAAGUAAAGUAUGAACCAUUUGUGACCAGCAAGAAGAUACAGAUGCCAAAAUCACUUUUUGGCUUGUUUUUUUUUCAGAUUUUUAAAGUACUGAACGACUUUGUAUUCAAAUUGAACAGAUUAUGUUGAUAUUAGCUAACAAUCAUCAGCCC